CAAAACUGUGGACAGGGUUUGGCGAACAGCACUGAUCAAGGAAGUAUUGGUUGCGCGCUUCUAACGCGAAAACAAAGUGUAUCCAUAUGGAUUUCGAUGACGGUAUUGACUUAAAUCAUCAAACACAGAAAACCUAUUCUUUAAUAGUGACAAAAAAUUUUAGUUCAGCCCUCGUGUUCUCUGGCGUAAGAUGGAGCGAACGCGAAGGCCGAGAAAUCCGGUCCAGGAUCAGUACACGAUUUUACGCUUAAUAAACCAAGUAAAGCGACAUUCCUGCAUAUGGGACGAUUCUGAUUCCAACUAUCGCAAUUCAGUCGCAAGGACGGAGGCUUGGAAUGCUAUAGCCAAACAAACCGGGAUAUUCGUCCCUAUCCUUAUAAGAAAGUGGCGAAGCUUGACUUGUUCGUAUCGCAGAAUUAAAGCCGAACUGAUUAAAAAACAGGCACAACAUCCCGGUAAGGGCUUGAAAUCAUCCUGGUUCGCAUAUAAUGCGAUGGAGUUUUUGGAAAAUAUGCAAAGGGGCCACCGCAAAAGGGGAACGCUAAAAUAUUUACUUGCGGGAACAGCAGACCAUAGUAGCGCUUCAAAUGACAGCCAACUUGAUGACUUUAUCGAUCAGGAAGAGCACUUAGAAGAGAUGGAAGAAAUUUUUGAAAUUGAACCAGAAGCCCAAUCGCCGGCAACAGAUAUCGAGUGCAAUGAACUUGAUGCAGAGCUGAACGACAACAGUCCAGCCACGUGUUGGCUCCAGCCACAACCAGAUAAUGGAGACGAAUAUCAAGAAGAUAUUGAAUCAUCGUUUGAAAAACGUUAUCUUAACGAACAACGAAAAUCGGUUCUACUAUAUGAACUGAAUGAAAAGCUCGAGAAGGAUUUAGCUGAACAGAAAGCUAAGAUUGAGGUACAACGUUUGAAGAUAGAACGCUUAGAACAGAAAUUGAAAGAUACCGAACAAAAACUGGCAAGCUUCACAGAAAAACGACAAGAAGAUGACGACGAAAUAACCUCGACUGGAGGGGCAUAUCCCAAAACUGCAGAAGUUUCCGGUUUAUUAGGUUGUAGCGAAAGUGUAACAGUACCUGCCACUCUGUCCGUUUUAAGUUCUCCAAAUCGAUGCGUAGAAGAGCAAUCUGAUCCGUUGUCCAGCGCGCUAGGUCCAAAUCAAUUGAGUGGCACUGUUUACACUGGGAGAAGUAUGAAAGUUUCUCAAUUAAUUACAAACUCGUUGAAAAGAUUGCAAACUUCGGUUCAGCAACUGGCCAACAAAAAUACGCGCCGUUAUAGUGGUUUUGGAGAUUUUAUGGUCAGUGAACUGAAUGAGAUGGAUGAGGCGACAAGCUUAAGAUUGAUAAAUGAAAUGACUUCGUUGCUAAAAACGGCAUCGGAUGGUGUUGUCCGCAACAACAAAGACGUAAACGAAUAAAGAUGGCAUAACUAAAGUUUCA